CCUUCCCGCCCCCCGCGCUCCCUCCCCCGCCUCCCCGGCCGGCGCAGCAGGAAGCGGCUCUGAUGUCAGCGGCGGCGGCCGCGGCGCGGCUCUAAGCGGCCCCCCACCCCCGCCGCGGCCCCCUCGCCCGCUGCUGCUGCCGCCGGGGCUGGCGGAGGCGGCCAGCUGCGGCCCCGGGGGCGCCCCCUUCUCUCCGCUGCGGCCGAGGCGGCUCGCAGGCUUCGCAGCGGCCGCGGCCUAGGGCAGCCGGGGCGGCGCUCCGCUGCGGUGCGGGAAGGCGCGGGAUGCGGAGCGGCGGCGCCGCCGGCGGGGCCUCCGCCCGCCGUCACUGAGGCCCGCGGCCGCCGCGGAUGCGGCCUCGCCCCGCGCGGCGGCCCAGGCGGCGCCUCGGCCAGGCCCUCCCCGACCUGCGCCCGCGCGGAGGGCAGGAGCCGCCGCCGCGCCCCGCGUAGCCCCGGCCCAGGCCCCCGACUGCCCGGCGCCGGGCCCUCCGCCCCGGCCUGCCCCGGCCUCUCCUCCCCCUGGUGAAAGAGGAGGGAUGUCCGCUGCCGCCUCCGCUGAAAUGAUUGAAACCCCACCGGUCCUCAACUUCGAAGAAAUCGACUACAAAGAGAUCGAGGUGGAAGAGGUUGUUGGAAGAGGAGCCUUUGGUGUGGUCUGCAAGGCAAAAUGGCGAGCUAAAGAUGUAGCUAUUAAACAAAUAGAAAGUGAAUCUGAAAGAAAAGCCUUCAUUGUAGAGCUUCGACAACUGUCACGAGUAAACCAUCCCAAUAUUGUCAAGUUAUAUGGAGCCUGUCUAAACCCAGUGUGUCUUGUUAUGGAGUAUGCUGAAGGAGGUUCUCUAUACAAUGUGCUGCAUGGUGCUGAACCUCUGCCUCAUUAUACUGCUGCACAUGCCAUGAGUUGGUGUUUACAGUGUUCCCAAGGAGUGGCUUAUCUCCACAGCAUGAAACCAAAGGCUCUAAUUCACAGAGACCUGAAACCACCAAAUUUGCUCUUGGUAGCUGGGGGGACAGUUCUAAAAAUCUGUGACUUUGGUACAGCCUGUGAUAUUCAAACACACAUGACCAACAAUAAGGGAAGUGCUGCUUGGAUGGCACCUGAAGUUUUUGAAGGUAGCAAUUACAGUGAAAAAUGUGACGUUUUCAGUUGGGGUAUUAUUCUCUGGGAGGUAAUCACCCGUAGGAAACCUUUUGAUGAGAUUGGUGGUCCAGCUUUCCGCAUAAUGUGGGCAGUUCACAAUGGUACUCGGCCACCACUGAUCAAAAACUUACCUAAACCAAUUGAGAGUUUAAUGACCCGUUGUUGGUCCAAGGAUCCCUCACAGCGACCAUCCAUGGAAGAAAUUGUUAAAAUAAUGACACACUUGAUGCGGUACUUUCCAGGAGCUGAUGAACCUCUGCAGUAUCCUUGCCAGUAUUCAGAUGAAGGGCAAAGCAACUCUGCCACUAGUACAGGUUCAUUCAUGGACAUCACUUCUACAAACACAAGUAACAAGAGUGAUGCUAAUGUGGAACCAGGUGACUUCCAAGGAGCUUCUACCAAUGACACUAUUAAACGUUUAGAGUCAAAAUUGGCACAGCAAAUGAAAAAUACAGCCAAGCAGCCGGGUGAUCCUGGUCGUUUGAGUUUACCCCCAUCUCGUGGGAGCAGCGUAGAGAGCUUGUCAGAUGUUCGCGUGCGACCACAGUCAGCCCUCGUUUCAGGAGAAGCCAAAAGGAUGAGUGCUGACAUGUCUGAAAUUGAAGCAAGAAUAGCUUCCAUCACAGCCUAUUCCAAGCCUAAACGAGGCCAUCGUAAAACUGCUUCAUUUGGCAACAUUCUGGAUGUUCCUGAGAUCAUCAUACCAGCAGGAAACGGACAGCAGAGGCGCAGAUCCAUUCAAGAUCUUAGUGUUGCUGGAACAGAGUCCAGUCAGGAGAGUAGAAACAGCAGUAGAUCAUCUAGUCCUAGUGUGAGAAUGAUCACUACCUCGGGACCAACCUCUGAAAAGCCAGCUCGUAAUCCAUGGACACCUGAUGAUGCAGCUGCUCUUGGAGAUAGCAUAGUCUUUGAGGGCAACACCUUAGUUUCUCUACCACGACUACUCUGUGGCAGGUGCUUUUGGGGUAUGGAGACCAAUGGGUCAGAUAACUCCAUCCCAAUGGCAUAUCUUACAUUAGAUCAUCAGUUACAGCCUCUAGCACCGUGCCCAAACUCCAAAGAAUCUAUGGCUGUGUUUGAACAGCACUGCAAAAUGGCACAAGAGUAUAUGAAAGUUCAGACAGAAAUUGCAUUGCUGUUGCAGAGGAAACAAGAACUAAUAGCAGAACUGGACCAGGAUGAAAAAGACCAGCAAAACACAUCCCGUCUGGUACAAGAACACAAAAAGCUGUUAGAUGAAAACAAAAGUCUCUCAACUUACUAUCAGCAAUGCAAAAAACAAUUAGAGGUCAUCAGAAAUCAGCAACAGAAACGGCCAGGCACAUCAUGACUUCCUGGGACCUUCCAAACGAAAAAUAUGCACAGAAAAGACUGAUAUUUUUUUUAUUGUUAUUAUUAUCCCUUAUUAUGACAGCUCAUGAGUGUUAUCUUCUUGGUGUGAUCUGUAUUUGUCUGCUACACUUAACAUCAUUUAAUUUUCUUUUUCCUAUGAUGAACAUCCAGUUCAACAGGUUAAUCAAAUAAGGUGAGAAAACAGUGGCUUGAAUUAACCAACAGCCCUCGAUUUAAAGCAAGAACAGUGGCUGUAUGCAUGCUCCUUGUGUGAAGGCUAGCCUAACAAGUGUUAAAGUGGCUGCUAAAUUGUGAGAUCUGGGUUUUAGUUUUUGAUGUUACCUCGAUAAGAGCAAAACAAAAAGUUUCCUGUUUAAGAAUGGUUUUGUUCCAGUGUCUCAUCUCAGACUAUCAAUAUAAUGAUUAUUUUCAGGACUUAAACAUGCACCAAGGUGAUGUUGGCUGACCAGAGUAAUUCAUGAUGCGUUAGUGAUGCCUUUUACCUGUAGACGUAGUAUAUUUUUUUCCACAUUCAAAAUGGAAGGCAAACUGAUGCCAGCAUCCUUGAUUCAGUGCUUGAUAGCCCUGCAUUUUGACUAAUAUAUUUCUUGUAAUCUUGCAUUCAUAAAAUAUUUGAAGUUAAAGGCUGUAUUUUCUUUACUUUCUUGGGGGGAAGGACAUGCAGUUUCAUUUAGUUACCAGGCAGAAGUUAAAAAGGUGAUUCGCUAUGCAAAGUUGGUCCUUUGUAUAAAAUAGAGAAGCAAAAAUGUGUGAAAGUGUGUUUUUAAACCUUUAAAGCUUUUGUCCCUGUGUAGUACCUUUGGAAGGAAAUUCAGAAAGCAAAUUAAUAGAAAACUUUAAAUACUUGCUCCCUUUAUACCACUUCUUGGAUUAUUUUUUUUCUUACAACUACUUGCUGAAAAGCAUUUACCAUAAAUGUAAAUGAGUUUGGUUUAGAUAGGGAGAGAAGGGUUUGGGGAAAUGAAUUUAUUUUAAAUAGCAAAUUAUGAAAUGGAGUUGAGUAUGCAAAUAGCAGAAGCUAUUAAGAAAAUGAGGAGAAUGGCUUAGAUCUCCGUCAGGAAUCUCAGUUAGUCCACUCAUUUGAACAUAGUUCAGAGGAAGUCCAUCACAGAAUGCCUGCUGCCUUUGUAACUGAAGAAUUGCAUUUAAUGAACUCAAGCAGAAUAUCUAAUGAUCGGUGUCAUUAUUUACCAUUAUUACAUGGGAGAAAAUAACUACUUGUUUACAUUGCAGAUUGAUUAUUUGGAUUAUGAAUUAACUUUUAACUGGUACAAAAAUGAGGCACUUCUAAAUAUAAUGAGAAAUUAUUCCUUAUGUAAGCUCUUGGUGUAGUCAGUUGUGGCCAGGGUUUUAGUAACACCCUUUUGCAAAAGGAAAAUAGAAAACUGAAGUUUAGCUGCUGAGCCCUCAAAAUAUAAGUAAUCUGAAAUUUGACUUGUGCUGACUUCAAAUUAGUAAGUAUUCAUAAGAGCCCACGAGCAGAACUUGGAAAAACACUAUUGUGCCUAUCUGUGAACAGCAAAGAUGAUGAACAGUUUACUGAGCAGUGUCAUCCUGUCUUGAAACUAAGUGUAUUGUUGGCAAACCUUUGGGAGUUAAAAACCCUUCCCUCAUUUCAUUUAAAUAAAGGAAGGGUUAUCGUUCUCAAAACCUUAGCAGAUAAUUUGAUUAGUUAGCUGAAACUGAUAUUGGGAUCAACUUAAGGGCAUGCAUAUUUAUAGCAAAAUGUAAUUGGCAAAGAAAAUAACUGUAGUAUUAGGAAUAGCACAAGUUAUUCAAAGCAUUGCUGCUCACAUACGUCUGUCCGCCUACCGAAACGGGCACGCUCGGUGAUCACAUGUGCUGAGGCAGGAAGUAUUGCAGCAUAAAUACUAACGCUCGGCUUCAGGUAUGUGGUUGAUAACUGCAUACACAAAAUCAUUUCCCAGGACAUUUUUUACAGUUUGUCUUGGCAUAAAGCAGAUACACUUAAGGUCAAUCAGUAUUGCAUAUGAAAAGUCACUUUAUGGCAAAGUUUGAAUAAUGAAAAUGAAUGCAAUGCUAACUUAAUGGUACAUAAUACAAAAGUCUGUUUUAACAGUUGCUUUUAACAGUUGCUUAUGACUUUUCAGGGUUUACGUCAGAAAGAGUCUCAAAUUGUAAAAGUAGUACUGUGCUACCAUGCGCUGUUGAACUGGGCUCUAUUCGACAGUUAGGUUAUAUUGCUCUUGUAAUUUUCAGAGGGAAUUCGGAGUUUGACCUUUUGCCUUCAAAUUGUCCCUUUCUUAAUUCCACCAAAAAUUGUUAAAAUACUUGCCCAGAUUUCUCAGUGAAGUGUUCUGUGUGGCAAAAUCUGUGUAUCAUUUCUAAAAAAAAAAAAAAAACCCAAAAAAAAACCAAAACCAAAAAAAAAAAAAAACCCCACAACAGAAAACCACCAAAAAAACCCACCAGACUAUAAGGGUAGAAUAUAGCUGUUUGGGCUAAGAAGAAUUUAACAGCUUGACUUUCAGUGACCUUUACUAUUUUCAUAAGGCUCUCAUUUUCAAGAUGUUUACAAUUAAUGUACUUUUAUUUUUCUGUUAAGCGAUCUGGAGUGUUCAGGAAUUUUUUUCGUGUACUCUUUUGUGCAGUUAAAGCUGUUCCUCUAAUUCUGGAGGUAAAACAUCUAGUUUUGUCUGGGCACUGCCUUCUCAGAAAAGGUAACAAGCUCUGCUUUUUGUUGCAGUAUGUGUUCUGUAAGAUAUUGUGUAAUUGAAAGUAUGCUUCUGUACACUGUGCAGUUCUGCCAAAAAUGCUUUUUUUAGGCUUUUUGGUUUGUUUUCUUUCUGAUGAGAAGUUGAAGAUUGUAAUUCAAAACUUGUACAUAAAAUGGUGAAUGAUUUCAUAUGA